GCUGGGCCAGCGGGUGCCAUUAUGUCAGAGAAAGUGAACAACUUCCCACCACUGCCCAAAUUCAUCCCGCUAAAGCCAUGUUUCUACCAAGACUUCGAGGCCGAUAUCCCUCCUCAGCAUCUCAGCAUGACCAAGCGCCUCUACUACCUCUGGAUGCUGAAUAGCGUCACGCUGGCUGUGAACCUGGUGGGCUGUCUCGCGUGGCUGAUCGGAGGCGGGGGAGCCACCAACUUUGGCCUCGCCUUUCUCUGGCUCAUCCUCUUCACACCCUGCUCCUACGUCUGCUGGUUUCGGCCCAUUUACAAGGCCUUCAAGACUGACAGCUCCUUUAGCUUCAUGGCAUUCUUCUUCACCUUCAUGGCCCAGCUGGUCAUCAGCAUCAUCCAGGCUGUGGGCAUCCCAGGCUGGGGUGUCUGCCCACAGCUGGCCUGUCUCUGCAGCGGCUGGAUCGCCACCAUCUCCUUCUUCGGGACAAACGUUGGCUCAGCAGUGGUGAUGCUCGUCCCCACCGUCCUGUUCACGGUCAUGGCCGUCUUUUCCUUCAUUGCCCUCAGCAUGGUCCAUAAAUUCUACCGGGGCAGCGGGGGGAGUUUCAGCAAAGCUCAGGAGGAGUGGACCACGGGAGCGUGGAAGAACCCGCACGUGCAGCAGGCGGCCCAGAAUGCAGCCAUGGGGGCAGCGCAGGGUGCCGUGAAUCAGCCGCAGACUCAGUAUUCUGCCACCCCCAGCUACACGUACUCCAAUGAGAUGUGA